AAUACGGUCCAGAGAAUCAGGAUAACGACUUUGAACAACAGAUUCAACAAUUGUUGCAAUUAAUGGGUGGAAUUAUGCCCCAAGUACAACAAAAUAAUCAAAUUCGGAAAAUGAAUACAGUAAGCAUUCCUUCCUUUGCGGGAGCCAACCAAGACUCUGUGGAAUGGCUUGAAAUGGUGAGCUGUGCCUUUGAAGCUAAUAAUAUUCAAGGAAAUCGUCGGAUAGCAGUUAUUGGUGCGUAUCUUACGGGAAUGGCAGCUAUGUGGUGGGAAACUAGACGCAAUACUAGGCCCCACAUUGAUUGUUGGGAGGAUAAUUUUCAUUCAGACGUUAGUUUUGUUCAUCAGUUCCGUCAGAACUUUUGUACACAAAUGCUUGUGAGUCAAUGGAACACCGAAUUACUUACUAGACGUCAAAGAAUAGGGGAAACCAUUGAUCAGUAUGCAGCAAAUAUGGCGGCUUUGUUUAGAUGA